CACUAACUCUGCAUCAAAAUCAUGGCAGCGAAUCGCUCGAGGCGUGAAAAUGCGGGAAACCGUCUGCAAGCGUUGUUGAACCAGGAGGAGGAUAUGGAAGAGUUGUUUGAUGAUGAAGGAGUGGAUGAAGAAUUUGAGAUUCAAGGAAACGGAUGAUAUCGUUGACUCGGAUUUCGACCAAUCCAGCGCAGAUGAAGAACCCGAAGACGGCGAGGAUCCCAGUCUCGUUGAGGACCCGGAGGAAGCAAAAGCGCGGAAAAAACAGCAGGCCAUGCUGAAUCACCUCAAAACAGGAAAAUCAGCGUUCUCUGUACCGGAAGGUUCAGCGACACCUGCAGGAGGUCGAGCGAAGUCAGCCCGACAGGCUGCGAGGAAGCAGCCGUUCACAGUGGUAACAGGAGCAUCAAAAUUCCGAAGAGCGACCACAACUACAACUACCACAUCAUCACGAUCCUCCAAGUCAGCAACAGCCUCCCCUGCGCCAUCGUCAGCGACCAUUAAAAUCCCGGCCGAGAUCCGUAAAUCCUCCCGCAGGACAACCGUUUUGAACAAGCAGGAAACAGAGCUCAAGUUACUGGAGUACGAGACCCGAAGAGCCAUGCAGCCCAAGCGCGAGAAAGCCGUGGUGCACAAGAUGACUCAAGAGGAGCUGUUGCAGGAGGCCAAGAAGACGGAAGCACUCAACCUGGCUUCUUUGCAGGCAUUCAAGGCACAGGAGAUGGAGAAGAAGAAGGUAGUUAAGAAAAAGGAGGUUCCCAUGGGGUCCUUCAUCAGAUACCACUCGUUUGCAGAAUGGAUUGGACAUGGGCCCUUGAUCCAGGCAUUGGCGGAGACGGGUACUGCCACGCCGGGAGGAACGAGACCACCAACGAGGUCAGGAUCGAGAGCUGGAAGUAGACCGGGAUCGAGGGCUGGCAGCGUGGCUCCAGAAAUUAUGCCGACACAAUAUGGAUCAGGGCAUGUUGGAGGAGUGCCACCGCAGAGUCUUGCACAGUCGUUAGCACAAUCGUUAUUACAGCAGCAGCAGCAGCAGCAGCUCCAGGCACAGCAAGAUAAGCCAAAACCAGUACCCAUGUCAAGGGAUUCUAGCCCUGCUCCAGAAGGAAAGCACGUCAAGAUUGAGCUAGACAGCGGGUCGGUAUCAAAGGUGCCAGGAUCACCCAUGAAUGUAGACAUCACCAACGCGGGGAAAGAUGUUGAGAUGAGCUUGUCGUCUGGAAAUGGAGACCAGGAUCGGAAGACAUCCGACAUGCCUGCGGGAGCUCUGACCCCAGCACACUGGGCGGCCGUUAACAUGUCUGCGGCAUCCAUUGCCCGCAAGCGGAAAAGAUUGCAUCCAACGCAGAUGUGUGGGCGUAAUUGGGUGACCUUUUUUGGCUAUGAGGAUGAGGAUUCGCCAAUCAACGAAUGGUCAUAUGCAGAGAACUAUCCGGACCGUAAACCCAUCUGUCUCAUCACAGGUUUGCCGGCCAAAUACAAGGAUCCCAAGACUGGUAUUCCCUACGCAAACAAGGAGGCCUAUAGAAUUCUUCAGAACGUAGUCCGCCAUGGCUAUGUCUGGUCCAAUGGACUGAACGCAUACUGUCAUGAUGUAGCCCAGCCUUUACCAAAAGGAGUUCCGGCAGGAAUGGCAGAGGUAUUAAUUGGUGGGCAACAAGUAGGCGAAGGGAUUGUGAUCAAGGAUGGCGAUUUAGUCUCCACAGGUGUUCAUGGAGGCGGAGGCGGAGGUUACACAUAUCGUCGUCGACAACUGAAGCCGCCAGCCCAUGAGUAGCAUUACAGAGCAUAUCUGUCUUCUGGUUGGCGCGCUACUAUCAUCGCGGCGUUCUUUCUGAUCCUAUGCAGCCGGUACCUGGUACUGCUCCCAUCAUGCGCACAGCCUCUACCUGC